UGUAUUAGUGUGUGUGUGUUAGUGUGUUAUGUGUGUGUGCAGCUCAGGAUUACAUCCGGCAUAGCCUGACCAACAAACCGUGUCAUCUCCGCUGCGUGCCUGAAGCACGCGCUAAAAAUAAAUAAAGCCCAGGCUCCAACAAUGAACGCACUGACCGCCGCCACUUGCCUCCUCGUCGCCGGCUUCAGCUACCUCUACGGCAGCGAUGUGUUAUGGUUUGUCCGUGUGUCUCUUGCAGACCUCUCCAUGCCCGAGCCGGGAGCUUCUCCGCGGCGGAGCCCGCAGGGAGUCCCCUACAGCGACCUGCAGCACAUCGUCAACGCCGACGGACUGCACCUGUUCUGCCGCUACUGGGAGCCCGCCGGUCCGCCAAGGGCUCUGGUGUUAAUUGUCCAUGGGGCCGGGGAGCAUUCUGGGCCGUACGAUGAGAUUGCACAGAGACUGAAGGAACUGUCCCUGCUGGUAUUUGCACACGACCAUGUUGGCCAUGGUCAGAGUGAAGGAGAAAGGAUGAACAUCAAAGACUUCCAGGUUUAUAUCAGAGACUCCCUGCAGCACGUUGACCUGAUGAAGUCCCGCCACCCAGACCUGCCCAUCUUCAUUGUGGGUCACUCCAUGGGUGGUGCUAUCUCUAUCCUGACCGCCUGUGAGAGGCCCAAUGACUUUGCCGGAGUGGCUCUUAUAGCUCCAAUGGUCCAGAUGAACCCAGACUCGGCCACACCGUUCAAGGUUUUCCUGGCGAAGGUCCUGAACCACAUGCUGCCCAGACUCACUCUGGGCUCCAUCGAUUCCAAAUGGGUCUCACGGGACAAGAAGCAGGUGGAGGCAUACGACACUGAUGAGCUGAACUUCCACGGCGGCAUGCGGGUGUCGUUCGGCAUGCAGCUGAUGGGGGCGGCGGCGCGCAUCGAGAAGGAGAUCCCGUCCAUCAGCUGGCCCUUCCUGCUCCUGCACGGCGACGCUGACAAGCUCUGCGACAUCAGAGGCUCCAAGAUGAUGUAUGAGAACGCGCCAAGCUCAGACAAGAAAAUCAAGAUCUACGAUGGAGGCUACCACGCCCUUCACCAUGACCUCCCAGAGGUGGCCGAGUCCGUGCUGAAGGAGGUGACUGGCUGGAUCACAGAGCACCUCUCCGCCACGACGUCGCCACAACCACAAGACUCCUAGAAUCCUGACAGCUGGGUCAGCACUCCGAGGCAACUGCCAACCACAUCUCAAGAGGCCUGCUCACUUUCCAGCAGUCUGUCAGGCAUAACAAUACUACUACACUCUCUGGUCUGGGAAUACGUUUAGUUAUAUAGAUAUUAUUUUUUCAGUCUAAAAACUUUACUGAUUUUAUCCUCUGGGCAAAUUCCACUGAUUUAAAUUGGAUGAUGGGGUCAGAAACCACUUUUUAUUGUAGAUACUCAGCAGUGGUCAGUCUCCCUGCCACACAUACGAUCCCUGAUGUGAAUCAUAUAUUUCAGGCAGUGGGCUUUUUUGGUUACGGUUUCAUUAUCUCCUCACUGAGGAGCAGCUCAAGUGUAAGCUACAGUAUGCUGGGGUUCCAAGUGCAAUAAUAAUGAAGAUUCCUCCUCAUAGCCAGGUCCUCACACUGCUACACUGUCCUCACAGUGUCUGUAGAUGCUUCUUCUCUGCCUCCUCCUCGAUUGCACUGUUUUACAAAUGACAUGAAAUUUGACACUCGUAGAGACACUGGGAAACUUAUACUAUGAGCACACAUGACACACUCAGAUCCUCUCUUCUCCUGACUUCCUCCGCAUGUCCCUCUUCUCUGGCCCAAAGAAAACACGAGGCAUUACACAUGACAAUUGGUGUGAUCUAUCGAACUCCUGAGGCCUUAAGUCUAGUUUAAAAUUUCGUCCUGUUAGUUCGACUGCUUUGGCAGAUUGUUUUACAAAUUAACUGUGCAAUGGAUCCUGGCAAGUGUUAUAUAAUUUUCACCUCCUAAACAGUGAUAUUUAUUUUCUUAUUUUAGCCAGAUGAUUACCUCCCCACCACCUCGAGUUAUUAGUGGACUCAGUGACUUUCCAUAUCAAAUACUACUGUCAGUGAGCUGAGUUAUGGGUGUAGGGACAUGAAGAGGAUGCAGAUUAACCAGGUGAUGCUGCUCUGUCUCUCUCUCUGUAGGUGGGAAUUAGAGGGCAAAGGUCAAAAGGUCCCUUCCUUAUGUGACUUUCACUGUUUGUGUUUAGGUCCGUUAAAACUGCAGACUAGGGCCCCAGCUGGAGAAUGAAAGGAGCACAUCGCUGUUACUGUGGACAAAAGAGUAGAUUUCCUCUCUCCACACAGCAUCUGCCAUUUGCUGGACACUUUUAUCUAAACCACCUUUACGUAAUGCGCCUGUGUGCAUUUCUUGCAUGGGUGGCCACAGAGGGAAUCCAACCCCUCAGAACAAUGGUGGAGUCAUAAUUUGUUUGGGAAAACAGGAUGUUUUUUGUAAUAGCUUCCAGACAAGGAGGGACAGGAAGUGAUAUUACUGCGGAAUAAACUUCUGACUUCAAAACUAUAUUGAAGAUUGCACCUUAGCAGCACAGAAAUGUAGUGUACAGUCCAUACAUGUGAGUUUUCAAAUUAAAAUUCAUCCAGAGUUUAAAAAAUAACUACAAAUCAAAGAACCCAAAUAAUUAAAAAGAUAAACUUUAUCUUUUAGCUUGUAACAUGAAUUUAGUGGACUUGGUUUUUUAAUCGUCUAAAUCCCACCUGCAGUCUGAGUGUCUAAAGCAGUGGUCAAGCUAACAUUUUUCCCAAAAGUAUAAACCUGUCACUUCUCAAAGUGUUGCAGUACUCGAAGUCAGCCCUGGCUCCAUAUAGGUCAUUAAAGAAACCAUAGCAAUAAUGUCACAGUAGCCUAUAUUUUUGGUAGCUGAUAAUUAUAAGCUAGACAGACGCACACUGAGCUCACCAUUUUAUAUUGUCAGGUAGGCUGUAAUUAGCAGGUAUUGCUACGUGCUAAGCUUUUCCCACGUAUUCAGUAAGUAUGAAAAAGUUCCAGCAGCAUGAGUGGAGAGUUUUAAUCCGCCCCCAAAAUCAAACAUGGGAAGGGAUCAAAAAUUAUGUGGCAAGUCAGACAUACAGUGUGUUAGUUGACAUCUAGUGUGCACUCUCUGGAAACAGAGUCGACUGUGUCACCCUGGCUUUUUAGGAGGGUUUUCUCUCUGUCAUUCAGAGUUCAAAGGGACUCAUGCAGAGAGUGUAGGGGAAGCACGGUAUGGUAUCCACGGUGACUGUUACUCACGUGUAACCACAGCAGCAGGCUGGCGGCAAGGUAGACAUUUUUUAUUCAGUUUUACAUGUGUUGUAACCACGGUGAUCACCACAUGACUGAUAGAAUGAGAUGAAUUUCUGGCUUCAUGCCCGCUCUGUCUCUUUUUCUCUCCAACUUUCUAUUUCCUCACUCUGUCUCUCCCUGCCUCACCCCGUGUCACCCUGUCUCACCACCUUUUUUUUUUUUUUUUUUUUUAGUUGCUGUGGUGACCAGCGCUCUUUGUUCUGUCUGUCACAGAGCCCCUUGUUCCACUGCUAAUUCAAACAUCUUGUAAUGUCAGCCACCCUCACUGUCCCUAGUGGUCAAUUAGCAGAACAGCAACAGGUUACAUGUGUUACUGUUUCAGCUGGCUUUUUUGUUCUGGCCAGAGAGCUGCCACUCAUUUAACAGGGGACGCAUUACUUAACCCGCCUCUGACUCUGCUCGGCUUGAUGCUGUUUCAAACCCACUAAAUGGCUUCAGGAACACAAAAACCUGACAUUUCUUAGUCUACAUGUGAGAGUGUGACCUAAAAUUGCUCCUCACUCACAUGCCCUGCAGACAUUUCUUAUCUUUGAUCUGGUUUUCCGUUUUUAUCUUCAUUGUCUCUGAUGUUUGCAAACUGUUCUCUGAUCUUGGGACUGAAACCACUGAGUUUCAUUAGGAAAAGUAAGGCAAGAUGAGUUUAUAUCAUACACUUUCUACACAUAUCAAAGUGCUUUACAGACUGGCUGAAAUGCAUCAAAUAGGGAAUCAUAAGAUGCUAAAAUAACAGGAUUGAAAGAAAAGAGGGAGUUCAGCAUGCAAAUACAUCGCCCUAUCCUUUUUCUCAGGCAUCAGAAGGCAUUUUGCCAAACUGAAUGUCAGGUUUCAUCGCCAUGGGUGCCAACAUGGAUUGAGGUGUAAUGUAUUCAUCGGUCCCAGUGGGAGUCAGACCCUUAACCUCAUCCUCAUAUCAUGAGCACUUCAAACACAAUCUACUCCUGAUUGGGCUGCAGCAGGCACAUCACACACAAAGGCUGCACAGUCCCAGUUGUACUCAAUCUAUAAUAGCACCCCUGCUGCACAAUGGAUUCAGACUCGCAGGAUCCCGUGUAACAGUAAAUUUGAAAAGAUCUACCUGUCAGACUACAUGAGUGCAUAUUACUGCUGUCGUUAGCUAUGGGGGCGGAGAGAGAUGGAGAUAGAGUGAGAGGAGAAGAGAGAGGAAAAAAAGAGAAGCUGUCAGUAACCAUGGCAGCAGGUCCCCCCCCCCCCCCCCCCCAGUGAAAUCACCCAGUGAAAAAUUUGUAUUUGUUAAUGAUGCAGGAUGUAAAGCAGACGUCGCUGCGCUUUCAGAGCUGGUUGUCCAUUUUGUUGCUCUGAGGAUUCCCUUUUGUGUGAGCGUCGAGAUAAGAGCGCAAACAAUUAGCGCCAUCAGCUCGCAGUGAAUAAUAAGAGCUGCACACACUUACUGAAUUCAGAUCAGGCUGCUCUGCUGUUUGUACUGAAAACACACUCUUUCCAUUUUUGCAAAGAACGCUUUUUUGGGGGGAUGUCAAGGCCAAAAUCUGUAUUUUUUUUCAAGGGAGUUUGUGUGUUUUUGCCCCCAUCUAUCCCUUGUCUUGAUUAAAAAGUGAUGGAGAAACCCCUAUGAGUGAAACUAACACCCUUUUCACUCAAUUUCACUCCUAAAAUAACAGGAUUACAUGCCUUAAAGGUGUGUAACCCCUGACACAAUCUUCACACCCCACCUCUCCAUGCCAAUAUCCUUUUCUACUGGCAUGUACACUUACACAGGCAUAAAUUGUAUGCAGGUAUACCAUACUGAGAGAAAGCCAUGUACAGAUGCAUUGCUCUGUUAAUAUGUAAUAAUCCACUCGACUGUUAAUAUCUUUUUUUUUAUCUAGGACAGAAGUUCUGUGUUAAGAAAGGAGGAGAUAAAAACUAAGGCAUGAAACCGCUGAAUCAAAUCGGCCUGCAGCUUUCCUGACAAAGCGAAAUUCAGUUGGCCAGCUGGUUUGUGAAUGGAGCUGUUGUUGUUUUUUUGUUGUUUUUUUUAAUCUCGACUUUAUGACUGUUUCUGAGAAAAAGCUGUUAUAUAUGAUGGAGGACUAAAGGGCACAGGCCAGUCUUUCUGUAAUUUUAUGAGAUUAAAGUGCACUGGAGUUUGCAUGAAUGGAGUCAGUGCUCAAGUAAACAGCAAGAAUUGAAGAGGUCUUCUCCAAAAUGCUGUAAAUGCAUGAAAAAAAGUUAGACCUUAAAGGGACAGUUCGUUUUUUUUUUUUUUUUUUAAGCAGGGUUGUAUGGGGUACUUAUCUAUCGAAAGUAUAUUACAUACAGUAGAUGUCAGCUGGCAUGUCCCCAGUUUAGAGAAGCAGGCUGGAGUCCGACAAAGAAGUUAAGCAAUGUACUGCUGUGGAUGGGGGUCAGCAACAAAAGGUAUUUUAGCCACUUUAAAAAGUCCCACCAAAAAAAAAUCAAUAUCAGUUUAAAUGUAUGCUAUUUUGAGAGUAUUUUCACCCCUUUACCUUUGUAUCAGAGGGAAGCCCUUAACAGCUCCUCUCCCCAUCUAUGUUCUCAUCAAAGUCACCAGACUCCAUUGAGAAAAACAGUAAUUUUUGCUUGUUGAACACAGGAGCUGCUGGUCUACCGCUGACUCGAUCAGUUUGCUCGUUUGUGUUAUUGUGUGACUUUGGUAUAUCCAAACUAACCCCUGUAAACACCAAAAUCACACAACAACACAAACAAAAUAACUGUUCAAGGUAGCAGUAGACCAGCAGCUCCUGUGUCCAGCAAUGCUAAAUCACUGUUUUUCUCAAUGGAGUCUGGCUUUGAAAACAGAAAUAUAAUGGGGUUCAUUUUUACAUUAAAAUUUUUUGUCUGACAUAAAGGUAAAGCAGUGAAAAUAUUAUCAAUAUAGCAUACACUUAAAAUGAUAUUGAUUUUUUUAGGUGGCUAAAAUACAUUUUGUUGCUGACCUCCCCACAGCAGUAGAUUGCUUAGCUUAGCUUCCAGUCUGCUUUUCCAAACUGGGGGCAUGCUGACUGACAUCUACUGUAUGUAACAGACUGUAGAUGAAUAAGUACCCAUGCAACCCCACCUCAAAAAAUCUGAAUUAUCCCUUGAAGUUCAUCAUCAUGUAUGUGAAAUGGAGAUGAUCCAGGUUGUUAAAGUGUCACCAUAUCCUCCCUUGAGAACUUAGGUUACACACCCGACUAUAAAAAUGUGUCACUGAAAAUGCAGAUGCCAUUUCCUGGUGCAUUUUGGAUCAAACCCCUCGUUCAAAUCUUGCUGGUUUUAUCAGCAAUGGUGACCGAUUUGAUUUAUGUCUAGUGGCCAGACUGCUUGAUUACUGAACAUAAUUGUAAUACACUGUAUAAUAGCAUAGCAUUGCUAACGACACUUGACGGAAACACGAAAAUCAGGACCGCAGUUUGAUAUUUAUCUAGAGUAUUUAUAGGAAUUAAUUUUAUGUAUAGGCUACUUAUUAUAUAUUGAUUACACAUCAUGACAAGGCACUUUUUAUACCAUAAACCAGUCAUAUUAUGUAGUUUUUACUGUCGAUGCUCAGCUAAAUGAAGCUCCAGAAGACUUUUUGAGAUGGAAACUGGUUCAAGGUUGUAUGUAUGUACAGUCAACAAUCCCAAAAAUGUAUGACAAUGUUUCUGAUAUGUUUUGCAUAGAGAGUAUUUUACUACUACAUGUUGAAGUUGACGUUGUGUUGAAAAAAACAAACAAAAACAAAACACUAGUCUUUCUGCAGUUUGUCACAAAAUUAUAAAUGUUGACACCAUCUGAUAUAAAAAAUGUUUUUAUUUUGUAACAAAAUCGUAACAACAGGGUGUUAAUGCUACAGGUCUGGGAAAAUCUUGUUUUACUUUCCCAAAAUUUGCUUUUCAGGAACUUUGACUUCAAUCUUGAGGUAUAUCCUCUUGAGAAAACUUAAAAUGAAGCAGAUGUGAGUGUAGCUGUCUGCAGUCAUAAAAACAUCUGUUACAUCUCAGAUCAAAGACAAUUUGGUCAAAUAUGUUUGAGGACUAAAUUGCAGGUAUCAGGUUUUCUCCAAACAGCAGCAUGUUUCUGGGAAAAAUAAGCAUUCCACACAAUUUAAGAGAUUUUUAUCGGAAUAUGUAUCGUACGUCUAUUUUUGGAUUGUGGUCUAGUGUUGUUUGUGCCUUAUAACUAUGACGAUUGUGCAUCUGAGUGUGUGUCUGUGCAUGUGUGUGAGUCCGUGAGUGUGUGUUUUGAUAUAGAUGAACUGUACAGAGUUUCUGUGAUGCAGAUCAGUUUCUCUGUUACUCUGGUUUUCUGCUUGUCACAUCUGUUUCUGUUUCAGUAAUUGUGUCUGUCUGCUCGUCCUCCUCCUGUCUGUCUUUUUCUAUUUACGUCUGUCCAUCUGAAUAUGUGUUCAAUCAGUGGUCUGAGCAGAUUUGGGUCAAGAAUAGUUUCUGUAAGCGCGGGCUGAGAAACAGCUCGAAAUUACCUUCCAGCUCCUUUAAACACCUGUUUUGUUUUAGUCUGCCUAAAGACAGCCUCAUUAUAAAGAAACACAAUACGUAACAUUAAAGAUGACACGUCUGCUCUCCUUGGGUUGCUGUAAUGACUGUAAUAUUUGGAAUUAACCAUUGCAUUCCAGUGGAAAGCAGGAAAUUGUCCUUCACAUGAUGAUAACACAAGAAUUUGUAAAACAAGAACCAGAUGUGUUUUUUUCUGAGUUCAUCUGUCCUGUAUUGAUUGAUGAUUUCACACAGUAUUCAUGAACAAACAAACAUUGUGGCAAUAAAAUCUACAUCUUAAUUGUCUGAGACAUCUCUAAAUGUGUCAUCACUUGAGAAAUUUUCAAUCAGCUGUCGCAGAAAACUCAGCUGUAAAGUAUGUCAAUCGAACCCUGACAUAUAAAGUAUGAAGUCGAUUGAGGUUGGUGUUUAUAGGCAGCACAUCAUGGAGCACACAACAUUACGUUGAAGCAUCACAUUCUUGAGUCUUCCUUGUAAAGUAAUGUUUGUUUCAACGGUUACUAAAUACUGGAUGACACUUUAUUUGAAAAGCCCGGUGCUUAUACUCAACUAUCAACUUUUGUUUUCCACACCUCUAAAGACAGUAUACCCCCAAACUUAAAUUUAAGUCAUAUUCAUAUAUUAAACAUUUUCACUGAUGCAUUGUGGUUACAUCAUAAUAUGUUGAGUAUCAGCAUUAGGCAGUUAAAUUCAAGUGUGACCAAAUAUUGUACAUAUAAUGUAAUAAUCAAAGUACUUCUGAAUCACUGAACUACUUGUUACUAGAAUGUUCAUAAUGUCCAUACUCUCUUACAGAAUAAACUCUAUGACUGUUUAA